UCAGCUGGCAGGGCUUGGAGGCUGAACUUGAGCUUGUUUGGGAGUCUUAGCAAGUGGGUGACAAGUCGCUCCUGACAGAGAAGUUUGUUCCAGCAGUUCAGGACUGGGGGGACCAUGCCGAGAGACAGGAGGGCAGAGCUGUGCUUGGGGCUGCGACCCAGGACCUGAGCUGUGACCCAGAGUGUUCAGGGGGAGGCGAUGUCCCCGAGGGAACAGAGGUCUCCCAGCCCAUCCUAAGCUCUGCCGGGUCCUGCAUGACAUCAACAGCCCCCCGAUGCUGCCGGGAGUUUCGAGCUGGGGCCAGGCCGGCGCCAGGCACAGACACUUCAGCCCUUGUUGGGAGAACAGAGAGAGGCUCUCUUGUCCGCAACCCGUCCUCCAGCUCCAACUGCUGCUUCUCUCGGCGGCCUCUCCUCAGGCUGGUGCAGCCCCCACCCUAUCACUGUUGCAGAAUGGACUCUGGUCCUAGCCCGGCUGGGACCCCUAGUCCACAGCCCUCAAGGGCCAAUGGGAACAUCAACCUGGGGCCUUCAGCCAACCCAAAUGCCCGGCCCACCGACUUCGACUUCCUCAAAGUCAUUGGCAAAGGGAACUAUGGGAAGGUCCUACUGGCCAAGCGCAAGUCCGACGGGAUGUUCUACGCGGUGAAGGUGCUGCAGAAAAAAUCCAUCUUAAAGAAUAAAGAGCAGAGCCACAUCAUGGCGGAGCGCAACGUGCUUCUGAAAAACGUGCGGCACCCGUUCCUCGUGGGCCUGCGCUACUCCUUUCAGACACCGGAGAAGCUCUACUUUGUGCUGGACUACGUCAACGGAGGAGAGCUCUUCUUCCACCUGCAGCGGGAGCACAGGUUCCUGGAGCCCCGGGCCCGGUUCUACGCCGCCGAGGUGGCCAGCGCCAUUGGCUACCUGCACUCCCUCAACAUCAUCUACAGGGACCUGAAACCAGAGAACAUCCUCUUGGACUGUCAGGGACACGUGGUGCUGACAGACUUUGGCCUCUGCAAGGAAGGGGUAGAGCCGGAGAAGACCACGUCCACAUUCUGUGGCACCCCCGAGUACCUGGCUCCAGAAGUGCUUCGCAAAGAGCCUUACGAUCGGGCAGUGGACUGGUGGUGUUUGGGGGCCGUUCUGUACGAGAUGCUGCAUGGCCUGCCUCCCUUCUACAGCCGAGACAUAGCCCAAAUGUAUGAGAACAUUCUGCACCAGCCACUGCAGAUCCCUGGGGGCCGGACGGUGGCCGCCUGUGACCUCCUGCAAGCCCUUCUCCACAAGGACCAGAGGCAGCGGCUGGGCUCCAAAGCAGACUUUCUCGAGAUAAAGAACCACGUAUUCUUCAGCCCCAUAAACUGGGAUGACUUGUACCACAAGAGGCUGACACCACCCUUCAACCCAAAUGUGGCAGGACCUGCUGACUUGAAACACUUUGACCCAGAGUUCACUCAGGAAGCCGUGUCAAAGUCCAUUGGCUGCACUCCCGACACUGUGGCCAGCAGCUCUGGGGCCUCGAGUGCAUUCCUGGGAUUUUCCUAUGCGCCAGAGGAUGACACCACCUUGGACUGUUAAGACAGAAGUCCCUGUGACAUCUCUGAAGUCAGCUGGAUCUGGCAGCCUUCUCCCCACCCUGUCCCAGGAAUUAUAGGGGGAUGAAGCUGAAGACCGUGGAGAACACGCCAGUGACACAGACAGUGGAGACCAAAGCUGGGUCGGGAAGAGCUGUUGUUACCCUUGGACGUGCACUGAGAACUCUGAAACACUCUGAUUUGAUUUCUGUCUCCAUUUGUCUGUUGAUUGACAAAUGUAGAACAUGUGGGAGGGGCCAAAAUUCCCCCAACUUCCCAAAGCAAAAAACAAGAGACUGUAAUUGUCCAAAAUGUACUAGUACUGUCCAAAGUACACGAUCUGCUGUAGACUGUGAAACACAUAAUGAUUCUCUUUGUUCCGAGACUGUAAGAUCAUAGAAUUUUCACCAGGAUAGAAAAUAAAAAUGAAGAAAAACUAUGACAUAGAA